UGUUGAGUCAAGGCGUAGAAAAUGAAAACCCUCAGCCACAAAUGGUUCACCUGGCUAAACAGAUAAUUGCUGCGAUGCCAGAGAGAAUAAAAUCGUCACCUAGUCGCGGAGAUGAUAUUCAGCCAGAUGAGUUUCAGCGAGAACGUAGCAGUUCGUACAGCUCGUUACAGUCCUCGGCAUCACCACACCCGCCCUCGUCAUACGGCGAGGCAUUAUCCUCGUAUGGAGAAGAUUCUGGCAUCUCAACGCCGAUGCAUGAUAGUCUGGCCUUUGAUGAAUAUAGAUAUCCAGAUGUUUAUUCAGACUUGGGUACGCCCGCCUCCUCGUUGAGCCCUGACUCUACAUGUCUACACAGCCCAUAUAGUCCCUAUACAUUCCACAUGGACUCCCCGCCCCCUACUGCUGCAGAGUUCAUUGAGUACUUUAAUGCUCCCGCUACCUUCAUGGAGAAAGAUUUCUCACAGCUAACACUCUCUGAUCGUGAACAGAGGAAAUUAUACGAGGCAGCUAAAGUUAUACAGAGUGCGUACAGACAGUAUAAAGAUAAACAAUGUAAACAACAGGCAAAAGAAAGAGAGGCAGCUGUUCUAAUACAGAGUUAUUAUAGGAGAUAUAAACAGUAUGCAUACUAUAAGAAGAUGACCCAAGCUGCUGUGCUAAUCCAGAGCCAGUUCCGAAGUUACUAUGCUCAGAAACGGUUCAAGAAAAGUCGCGAUGCUGCUGUUGUUAUACAAAACCAAUACAGAAGUUAUAAAGAACAUGAGAGGUUGAAGAAAGGGGGAAAUAAAUCUGUAACACAAAGAUUCAG